UGAAACGCUGAAAGACUUUCAAAUGCGCCACUGGGGGUGAAAAUAUCGAUCGUGCAGUACCACACAAAAACUCCUUGCAAUAAUUUCUCGCCGGCAACAGCAGCAGGGGGAAAAACUGCGCUGUGAGUCUCUCUCUCUCUCUCUCUCUCUCUCUCUCUCUCUCUCUCUCUCUCUCUCUCUCUCUCUCUCCUUGACACCUAACUUCCGGCCAGGCUCUCCCUCCUCCGCCUCCUUUUUUCCCUCCUUCUGUCGCUACCUGCCUUCUUCUUCGUUCUUGCCUGAGCGUGUCCCUUGUGGCAAGCACGUAAGGGGCCCGUGCAAGGAUUUCAAGCUUUUGGGAAUUGGAAUUGGAAUUGGAAUCGGAGCCCAUUUGUGCAGUGCGAAAGUGCAGGGCAGAGUUUCUUGAAGGCUCCGACGGCGGCGGCAAGAAGGGGGGGACACACACUCUUCUUUUUUCUUUUUUUUGCCCCCCCAAGCGGACAAAGAAGCCAGGGCGGCGGUGAGGGUUCUUUUUUGCGAAAUGCUGCCGGAGCGGCUCGUGCGGCUGCUGUGGGCGACGUGCAUGUUGGGCGGUUGCCUGGCCCGGGUGGUGACGGUGUCUCCUGGCCCCUUGGUUCGCGUGGAGGGUCAGCCAGUUUCCAUCAGAUGUGACGUCAACGACUACAUGGGGCCUCGUGAGCAGGAUUUUGAAUGGAUGAUGUCCAGGGAAGCCAACGGACAGCGGAUGAAAAUCAUCUCCACCUUUGAUGCCGGCUAUUCGCACGCAUCGCUCAGCAAGCGAGUGGCGUCCGGUGACAUCUCAGUCCUGCGUCUUCACGACAAUGUUGUGGAGCUGAAGAUAGGCGAGGCCAAGACGCAAGACGCCGGCUUCUAUUGGUGUCAAACGCCGAGCACUGACUCCGUCAUCAGCGGCAAUUACGAAGCCCAGGUCCAACUCAUUGUCAUCGCCAACACACUGAGGGUGAGCCCUCAGACGCCGCCCUCAGUCGUCCCCGAGGGGAGCGACCUCACGCUCUCCUGCAACGUCACCCGGGAACUCAUCCAGCCCACCUACCUGUCCGUCACCUGGUCGCUGAAGAAGGGAGGCGUAUCGGAGGAGAUUUUGGCAUUCGGCCCCCAGGGCGACGUGCUCACAGGGGCCAAGUACGCCCGCCGCUACGCUGACGGCGCCAUCCGUUUUGCGCCCGGGAGGGGCGGAUUGUUCGAGUUGGUGAUUUCCAGAGUGACCACGUCUGACGAAGGCAUUUAUGAGUGCAAUGGAACCGAGUGGACCCACGAAAAUGGAGGCAAAUGGAUUCCAAUUGUGGGGAGCGCAAAGGAAAUAGGAACUGUUGCUGUUACUCCCACAGGUCAGUCCCUCAGUGUGAAGGCUUCUUGGUCGCCAUCGUCAUCCACUGCGCCCUCCGCGAACCCACACCUGGCCCCUGGCGACAAACUGACGCUGCUUUGCUUCGUCACCGCCGACAAUUUGCCCUCGCUGUCCCUGGAAGUAUCUUGGCUGGCUGACGGCCGGGAUCUAGUCACAAUGGAGCGCGGCGGAGUGGUGAUCUCCAACGUGUCUGCAGGCUCGGCGCGAGCAAAUCGCGGUGAGCCGAGCGUGGAGAGGACGGGGGCCGGCGAGUACAGGCUGGCAGUCAGGGAGGUGAGCGCGGAAGACGGAGGAGUGUACGCCUGCCGCGUUCGUGCAUUCAUCGAGAAAGGCGGCAAGAGCUCCGGAGGAGGGGGCCGCUGGCACAUGGCGGCGGAGAAGACAUCCAAUCCUGUGACUGUCACCGUGUCACAGAUCAAACCGAGCUUCACGCUGGAUAUUGAGACCAUCGCUCACCCCCAGAUGACCAGUGAACCGACAGAGUUGGCUUGUCGCGUGACCAAUAUUACACAGCUACCUGUGGGAGGCCGGUUGGGCAUUACAUGGGAGCACAUCGCGCUUCCGGGUGCUGCCAGCGAACCUCAGGCUACACAUUCUAUUGGCUCUUUGGAUGGUUUCGGCAAUCUGUUGCCGGCUGCCGUGUAUUCCGACAGACUGGAGAGCGGCAUGAUGUCACUAACGAGAGUCCAACCCGACACUUUCAAACUGCGAUUCCUCCGCACUCAGGAGAUCGACAUGGGCCAGUACGUCUGCGUUGUCUCUGCGUGGAGCGUCAACAGCCGGGGUGACGUUGCAAAGAUUGCCGAGCGUCGAAGCUUGCCGCUGACUCUGCGAUGGGACCCCAAACGUCCUUUGCUGAACGUUGUGGCGAAACGGAUUCGCGAGGCUUCUGUGGGUGGGGCCACCUUUGAGAUGAGCUGCUCAGUCGCUACCCAGAACCUCGGUCAAGCGGGAUAUUCGGUACUCAUCCAAUCACAAGAUGGCCUGGAAAGCAACGUGAGGACCAUCAUGACUCUCAGCCCCGACAGCGUCAUGCAGCACGGGGGGGCCACGGACCCCAACAGGAGAGACAGUCUGGUUUUGACGAAGUCUGGCCCAUCUGAGUUUCGGUUUCGCUUGGGAGGCGUCCAGUUGUCAGAUAGAGGUUUCUACUGGUGCGACAUCACCGCAUGGACAAAGGAACAGCCCGGUCAAACUUGGACCAGAGCCACCAGCGCGGAGUCCAACAAAGUCAAGAUCGACUUUCAAGAAAAUGGACCCUCUUUCUCAAUUGCCAUCCAUUCAGACACCAGUACUGUUUAUCCAUGGCAAACGGCCAAGAUGAAGUGUUCCCUCCGCGUCUCUGGAUCCUCACCUAAGACCGACCACCUGGCGUACGAGCUGCGCUGGUUUUUCACGCGACUUCGCGGCGGACAGACCACAACUCAAGUAGCCAGCGUUGACCGCUUCGGCGUCGUCGGAAAAGAGUUUCGCAACUCGUCCAGUGAGGUUUCCGUCCAACGCGAGGACACACACUCGUACACGUUGAGCGUCCACGACGCCCACGACAGUGACAGUGGCGAAUAUCACUGUGUGGCCACUCCCUGGUACCUGUCGGCCUCCACAGGAGCGUGGACCCAAGCUGGGGAGCUGACGUCAUCCCGAAUCUUCCUUACAGUCCGAUUCGCCGUGUGGGAGUCCUUAAAGUUGCCCCUCUUGUAUGGUGUUUCAGCAUCAAUAGGUGUGGGCCUCUUCUCGAUGGUCCUCGGCCUGGUUUGCGCCCAGUGCUGCUGUCGCAACGCGGCGCACACUCCACGCUCCCGCAACAAGUUGAUGGACCUGGAGAUGGACUGACAAAUACUUUCCCCUGCACCUUCGCACUGCAGCACUUCCAGAAACACGCACACGCACGGCAGACGUGCCCCCGUCAACGACUUGUGGGACACCCGAGGACGUUGGGAGUAAAACGGGCGGCACGUUCCUUUCGAAGGCGAACUGAAGCUGUCAGAGUGCUUCCCGCGCUACUCGCAACCAUUUCAGCUCUGCAGCGGAGGAGCAGGGAUUCUUUUUUUUUUUUUUUUUUUUUUUUUUAACUUUUAGAGUCACAGGAGGUUUCACUGCCAUGUGGAAAUAAAGGACCACUUUUGUAGCGAAGACUAACAAAUGAAUGGCUCGGGCUGUCCCAUGCGAACGAGAGCAGUGUUUUGAAUGCUUUCGUUGGCCUUUGGGUUCAUAAAAGGAAGUGACAGUCCAGACCCACCACCGACCGGUGGGACAGUUCGCUCGGCCCGAGCCUGAUUUCUGCGGCACGGACUGUCCUUCCUCGCACGCAAGAGGCAUUGCACUACCAACCCUGAGUGUUCCUACCUUAACAAAUGGAAGAUAACUACCUUUUAUUCUCAGAUCUGUUUUUUUUUUUUCCUGGGAUUAAGAGAUUUUAAAGUCAGACAGAUUUUUAUGCUUCCCAAGGAGACAUGCAGUCUGCGUGAUUGUGUGCAUGCAUGCGUGUGUGUGCAAUGUCACUUUUGGAGAAAUGUUUGUUGUGCAGGUGUGCAUGUUGUGUUUUCUCGCAGGAGCUGUUUUCAGGGUUACAUCAAACGCUCCUAAAAGAUGCUGUCACUCCACUAAUAUAGUCAUUACCCCGCCCACCCACACAAAAAUUAAAUGUUCCUUUUAAUUUGGCCCUAUUCAAAUCAUUUCAUUUUCCAAUAACGAAUGGGUCUGCUAUCGUUGCUGCGUGGAAGAGAAGCAAGACAAAUUCAUUAUUUGCAGACCUCGUCGAGAUUUUUUUUUUUUUUGUGGUGCCUUGAGAUACGAGUUUAACUCGUUCAGUAACCAUGUGUUUAACUCAAAACACUCUAAGAUCUAAGAUCAGAUUUUUCCAGUCAAAUGAAUAGAGAAUCCAAUUUUAAUCCUAUUGAUCUCUUACAGCAUCCACCCGCUCAAAGGCAACCAACAUUUUUUUUGUGUGUGCUAUAAUACGGAACUGUAAAACCAGAAUGUAAAGAACUCAAAGGCUACAUUGUGAACAGUACAAUGCAGGCCCUCUUUCAUAUAUGUGGAUAAAUCUCUUUGUCCUCUACGAGUGCAGUCUGGACGUUCAGGUCGCGCUCAUCCGACAUAUACGUCAUUCAAAGUUAAAAUUGUUGAAUUAAACCGACAAGCCACAAAAAGCAAACGGAAGACAAACAAGCAGAAAACAGCCAGCAACCAAAAGAAAGUGUUUUACAACUGAUACAUGGAAGAAAAUGUUGGCCUUGGUGGGUUAAAAUCCUUGAAAUCCCCACAAAUGCGUCAUGAGGAGCAGCCUGUUUUACUUCAGUCAAGAUGGCGGCUCACAUAUGCGUAUGAUGUCACAUUUGUGCGCAUUGGUGUCACUGAACAAACACAUUACAUUACAUUUAUAUUGUAAUGUCAAGGACUACAUAAAAAGAUUGGCUGUAUUUAACAAAGAAUCCAAAUAGAAUGUGAACAUAGCCUCUGUAAACAGUAUUUUUUUUCCCAGAAUAUAUGCCAGUCAGUAUUGUUAGAUUGUCUAUCUACAUGUUGCUCCACCAUUUGUAUACAAACAUCUGUUGCUUAACGCUUUAUAACAUAGAUGCCUGUCUCUGGCAUUUCCUAUUCCGUGUUAACAUUAAAAUAGCAGAAAUUAUGUGACUGUUUUAAGUACCCAAGGUCUUUCGAAAACUUCAAGUGGGUGUCGCAAAAGCCAGUUUUUCAAGAUUUUGCAAAGUUGCGUUGACUGCCAUCGCACAGGGCCCAUAUUUCAGAUCAAAAUAUAUUUUUUAAAACUCCUGAACGACUUCUUCAUAUGGAAAAGCCCGCGAGUGGUCUCUCUUGUAUCUCAAGGCACGUUCCUCAUUGGCUGGCGUUGCUCAAAUGGAACCGGGUAAUUUUUUUGGUCCUCUUGACAGACUUUCAAGCAGCAAAAAUACUCUGUCAACUUCGACGAGCAAUAUUGUGUGCUGCUGAAUGAAUUUUCGCCUCAGGGCCUGAUCGGUGAAACAAUCUUACAUGAUUCAAACCGUGCACUCCGUUCAAACUUUAUUUCACGCGCACAUGUGUCGGAAUACAUUCAAAUCUUUUGUGCCAGUUGUCAAUUGUAACAAAUUCCAAGGACAGACUUCCUUCUUUUCAUGUCAUUUUAUUGCAAUGCGUAUUUUUGAAUGGCUGGAUUUGUAAAAUGCCGAUUUCAAUUUCUAUAUGUAACGCCCAUUUAGUCCAACACUAAGUUCUAAUAAAAGUGGCGUUCUCUCUGGA